AUGCAUAAGAAAGUGGCCACGCUGUCCUUCCUCCCGAGUCACCACCGCCUUCUUUGUCUCCUUUCUCACACCAGGAGCAGUGAGGCCAUGACUCACAGGAACCUCACAGAGAUCACGCAGUUCAUCCUCCUGGGGUUCUCAGACUUUCCCAGAAUCACAGCAGUGCUCUUUGUGACCUUCCUGCUGACCUACGUGACGACGCUGACCUGGAACCUGGCCCUCGUCGUGUUAAUCAGGAUGGAUCCCCACCUCCACACGCCCAUGUACUUCUUCCUCAGCAAUCUGUCCUGCAUAGACCUCUGCUAUGUCACCUCCACAGUCCCCAAGAUGCUGUCCAACUUCUUCCAGCAGCAGCAAACCAUCAGCUUUGCAGGCUGCAUGGUUCAGUACUUCUUCUUCUCAACCAUGGGGCUGAGUGAGUCCUGUCUCAUGACGGCCAUGGCUUAUGACCGCUACGCUGCCAUUUGCAACCCUCUGCUCUACUCUGCAAUCAUGUCGCCCUCCCGCUGUGCUGGCAUGGUGCUGGGAACUUAUACAGCUGGACUCACAGGUGCUUUUUCCCAAAUAUGCUCUCUGCUUCAGCUCCACUUCUGUGGGUCUAACGUCAUCAGCCACUUCUUCUGUGACAUGCCCCAGCUGCUAAAAAUCUCUUGCACUGACACGUUCUUCGUGCAAGUCCUGACCGCGAUACUAACCAUGUUCUACGGGAUCGCGAAUGUCCUCCUUAUCGUGAUCUCCUAUGGCUACAUUGUCAGGUCCAUCCUGAAGAUCACGUCUGCCAAAGGCAGGUCCAAGGCCUUCAACACCUGCGCGUCUCACCUCACAGCCGUUUCCCUCUUCUAUACAUCGAGUAUCUUUGUCUAUUUGAGUUCCAGUUCUGGUGGUUCCUCCAGCUUUGACAGAUUUGCAUCAGUCUUCUACACUGUGGUGAUUCCCAUGUUGAAUCCCUUGAUUUACAGUCUGAGGAACAAAGAAAUCAAAGAUGCCUUAAAGAGACUGCAGAAAAAGAUAGACUACUGCUAA